CCGCCAUGUCCCGGCUGCUGCCGCUGCUGAGGAGCCGGACCGCGCGCAGCCUGAGGCCGGGCCCGGCCGCCGUCGCCGCCGCGCCCCGCCCGCCCUCCUGGUGCUGCUGCGGGCGGGGGCUGCUGGCGCUCGCGGCCCCGGGCGGCCCCCGGGCGCUGGGCACCCACCCCAAGAAGGAGCCCAUGGAGGCGCUGAACACGGCGCAGGGCGCGCGCGACUUCAUCUACAGCCUGCACUCCAGCGAGAGGAGCUGCCUGCUCAAGGAGCUGCACCGCUUCGAGUCCAUCGCCAUCGCCCAAGAAAAGUUGGAAGCUCAACCACCAACCCCAGGACAGCUGAGAUAUGUAUUCAUCCACAAUGCGAUACCUUUCAUAGGGUUUGGCUUUUUGGAUAAUGCAAUUAUGAUUGUUGCAGGAACCCAUAUUGAAUUGUCUAUUGGAAUUAUUUUUGGAAUUUCAACUAUGGCAGCUGCUGCUUUGGGAAACCUUGUGUCAGAUUUAGCUGGUCUUGGACUUGCAGGCUAUGUUGAAGCUUUGGCUUCCAGGUUAGGCCUAUCAAUUCCUGAUCUCUCACCAAAGCAAGUUGACAUGUGGCAAACACGUGUUAGUUCACAUUUGGGUAAAGCUGUCGGAGUGACUAUUGGCUGCAUUCUAGGAAUGUUCCCUUUGAUCUUCUUUGGAGGAGGUGAAGAUGAUGAAAAACUGGAAAAGAAAAAUUAACUCACAUAGAAUACCUUUAAAAAGAUGUAAACUAAUGUACCUCAGUUAUCAAAUAUGCUGUCAACAGCAUUUAGGAAUUAAGACAGUAACAGUGUAUAGAUAACGGGAUCAAAUAAUUCAGCAUGUAUUAUGGAAAACACUAACUUAUUGUGGCUUGGUUUUCUUAGGACAUCUUUUUAAAAAAUUUUUGUGUAAAUUGGUAAAAUGCUUUUUCAUCAAUGGCAGUCAACACUUUACCUUUUCUUUCUCUUUAUAUACCAAAAUACCAUUUAAGUAUCAGUUGUUGAUGUACCGUGCUAACUUGAGAUUUACCUGUUUGUUACUUACCAUGUGUACACGCAUGAAAGCAUUUUCUGUCGUCGUCGUCCCCUACAGUUACAAUUCAACCUUAAAAUUCUUUCCAAAUUACUUAAGAUAUUUAAUAUCAGUUGAAUAUUUCUUUUUUACUCUCUUUUUGGCAACAUCAAUUUUGUACUGUUUCACAGUAAACAUUUACAAUCAUCUAGUUUCAGUCAUUUUUUUUAAAACUCUCACAUCUAUUCAAAAUGAACAGACUUUAAGUACUUAUCACUCAUUUUAAUUUUCUGACCUCUCAGUCUCAAGAGCCGGAGAUUAAUUAGGAUGAACAAUUAUUUUUAGUCUCCCUACUACAUAAGAACAUAUAUGUUAAGAAGUGCAUUAUUUUGAGUUGGUUUUUAUACUUUUAUUUUCUCAACUUUGAAUAAUUCUGUAGUGGUUUUUGACUCCUAUGGGAAAGGAAGUCAUUAGAGUGCUUUUAAUGGGGAUUGUGAGAUUUAGGUCAACUAAGAGGUUUCACAUGACACUUGGAAAGUUACGAGGCUAGAAAAGUUUUUUUCACAGAAGUAUAAAAUGGAAACUGUUAAGAAGGUCUAUGGUAUAAUUGGUGAAGUUGAGGUGAUGUGUGUAAGGUUAAUAAGUACAAAUAAUAUUGUUUGGGAAUGCUCCUCCCCUCCAAAUGUCUUCUUAUCUGAGUUGAAUGAAUUUGAAUCCUAAUGUUAUAUCUUCUUUAGCAGAUUUUAUUUCUGGAUAACUUCGUUUGAGGUGAAAAAUAAAUAUUUUGUAUUUUACUUUUUGCUAUAUAUAUAUAGCCUGGUAAUCAAAAGAUGUAUGAGGAAAAAUUUUUUCUCCCAUUUUUUGUUCCCUUUCUUUUUUUGUGGUGUUUAAAUCAUAUUCUAGAUUGAAGUUCCUUAUGUCCAGUCUUGUGUAUCUGACCUAAGCGUAGCUAGAAUUCACAUCUAUAUUUGUGAGUCAUAAAUUUUAAUUUUAUGAACCUGUAAAGUUUGUUAGCAUGUGAUCUGUUACACAUGCUAAAAAAUUACUCUUAAUUGUAAGAGUACUUAAAUAUAUCACAGAGGAGAAAAACAAAUUAAAAUUACUGUUUGGGCCACUGAAACUAUUUACUUUGCUAAAUAGAUGAAAAAGAAGGGAAGCUUAAAGAUGGCUGUAUUUACAGCUACCUUAUUUUAAAGUUUUAUUUGCACAUUUGCUUUGAACUCUUAUUUUCAGAGGAGCUGGUUUCUCUCACAAGACAGUUUGUGAUAAAUUCUUUUCUGUUUACUUCAAAAUUAUUUUAGAGCUAUCCUGUAGUUAUAGAUUUUUGAGGGAAAAAUAGAUCAUAUGCUAUAAAGAUAUAUAAUGUUCUUAUUAUGUACAAAUAAUGUGACAGUUUCGUUUAAUCAAAUUAAAAUCAUAAAACUUAA